CAACACAAAAGGCUGCAGGAGGAGUCUGACCCAGCAAUGGGAGGCAUCUGGGGGGACCAGUUUGGAUCCUGGGGGCUCUUUGGGGCCAGAAAUUAAAGAGGAAGAGGAGCCAUGGAAGCUGGUGAAAAGUGGAUCAAGAGAGAAAACAAAGAGAGCACUCCCCAGCCAAUGGAUCCUACACCAGUUGAUGCUGCAGAACUUCCCGAGAUGCUAUUAGAGGAGAACACAGACUCUCUGGAUUCUGAGCAUCCCAAAGGCCAACCAAAGGACUUGGAGGUCCCUGAGGAUACCUUUGCUGGGGUGAUCUGUUUGGACUAUGACAACAGCCCUGCAAAGGUCCACCUGGAUGACCGGCCAUUCAAGUGCAACGUGUGCAACAAAAGCUUCCGCCACAGCUCCAGCCUUUUAACCCACCGGCGCCUGCACACUGGGGAGAAGCCAUACAAAUGUACAGACUGCGGGAAAAGCUUCAAUACCAGCUCGGCCCUCAUCGUCCACCGCCGGACCCACACAGGAGAGAAGUCGUACAUCUGCUCAGACUGUGGGCGGUGCUUCAGUGAAGGCUCGGUCCUGAUCAAGCACUGGCGCAUCCACACAGGGGAGAAGCCCUACAAGUGUUCCCUCUGCGGACGGGGCUUCCGGCAGAGCUCACAGCUGCGGGCCCAUGAGCGGACCCACACGGGGGAGAAGCCCUAUGGGUGCCAGGACUGCGGGAAGUGCUUCAGCACCAGCUCGAACCUCUCAGCCCACCAGCGGACCCACACAGGUGAGAAGCCCUACAUCUGCACGGAGUGUGACCGCCGCUUUGGGCACAAGUCCCACCUGAUUUCUCACCAGAAGACCCACACAGAGAAACACCAUGCGUGCCCUGACUGCCCGGCUAGUUUCCGCAUGAUCCACCAGCUCCUGGUCCACCGCAAGUCCCACCAGGAGGACCGACGUUACAAAUGCCUCUUGUGCGGGAAGACCUUCAGCUACAGCUCGGCCCUCCUGGCCCACCAGCGGAUGCACAUGGGGGAUCGGCCCUUCACGUGCCUCGAGUGCGGGCGGAGCUUCAUCCGCAACUCAGAUUUGAACAAGCACCAGAGAAUCCACACGGGGGAGAAGCCUUACGAGUGUCCUGAGUGCGGGAAGAGGUUCAACCAGAGCUCCCACCUGGUCAGUCACCGGAGAGUCCACUUUAAAGGAACAGCCAAAAAUCCAGAUGCAAACAUGAGUGCUCCACUUGGACAAGAAAUAGAAUCUUCUUGAGGUGACAGAGCUGCUGUUGUUACAUAUUAUGAAGGCUGCACACAAACCUAGGAUUCUAUUUCACUGAGCACCGGGAGGGUCUUAACAUCUGAGUAAACAUGCAGAGAACUGCACAGAUUGAUAUACAAAGAGGACUGCAUUUCAAGAUGAGGGGGGGGGGAAUUCUGCUUUGAGGCAGUUCAGAUUUUUCAUCAAGGGAAGCUGAGUUUUGUGCUCUUCAAUGCCUUAUGCCAUGGGUGGGUAAAGUGAGACCCUGGGGUGUACAUGGCUUUCCAGGAUGUUUUUGUGGCCCUCCAGAUCUCCAGACUGACCUGCUUCUGCCCCCCCCCCAAAAAAAGGUAAAUUGCUGCUGCCCCAGAAGCAUCAGGUGCAAAAAAUUGCCUUGUAAAUAAGUUUCAAGGCAUCAUGUUUAACAUCAAAAAAAUUACCCAUUUUUGAAAACCAGAAAUGGACUUCCAUUCACUUUAGGAGUUUUGUUGUAUUUUUAAGAAAUCCAUGCGGUCCCCAGAGGGUCCUGGGGUAUAAAAGUGGCUUCUAGACCUACCAGUUGCCCACCUCUGCCUUAUGCAAAUUUAUCUGUAUUUGUUUUAUUUUUUUUCCCUUUGGGUCACAGGAAUGGACAGAGAGAUUCAACAUCCAGAAGCAUUUUCCUCUUGACAGUAAGAAAUCCUGACUAGCUUCUGAGAUCUUGCCAGGUGUUGCUCACAUGCAUUUAAGCCUAUCUCUGCUGCAAGAGGUCUAGAAACCUGGCUUUUUUUUUUAAUGGAACAUGAGAUUCCUGAGGUGCUGAAAUCUGUGCCUUGUAUGUGUCUUAUGCGAGUGUGCAAUGCACAGUAUAUUUCAAACAACAGAGGUAAAGGUGAUGUUUCUCUCAUCUAGAAAUCAUUUUGGUCCAAGCUUAAACAUGAGUGAUAUAAUUGGUGAGUGAUGUUUCAUGGAGGGGAUGAGGACCGGAUGCCUUAAGUAGUGGUGAUACAGAGAAAGAAAAUAAUAAUUUAAACUGGAAUAAGCUUAUUUUCCAUGGGUCUGAUUUUCAUUCACUUCCAUCCAUCUGUUUUCUAAAUGAAUUUAACACCAAUAACUAUGUUCUGCCAGGAUUUUUCCUGUUUCUUAAUAAAACAUUAAAUGACAGCUAGUCUUAA